ACGAAGAAGAACCAGAUUGGGUUUUUGUUACCGGAAGUAAGAGAAGCGGGAGAUUGAAAGACGUAAACAAACCUUUUUUGCUAGCUUGAACGUUGGAUUCACGCGGAACAUUUGUCCAAAAAUGUUGACGAAGGCACCCAAAUUGAAAUAUAUCAUCAAAACGAAAUCGAAGAAUAACGUAAAUGUGAGGCCGACAUCGGAGGCGAUGAUUGAACUCCUAGCGCUGCUGUUUCUGAACAGCCUGGCGGAGGAGGCCAAGUCCAAAGCUUUUGAGGAGAAAUCUGCAACGAUCAGAGCUCAACAUCUCAAAGCGAUCUCCAAGAAAAUGCUGAAAAAAUCCCGGGGAUGAAGACGGCGAAGUACGUCACCGUCAUUUUUAUCAACAUUAUCCAUGACGGCAGCCAUUUUUAUUAAUGAUAUAUAAUAUGUUUUCAUCAAAAUUGUACAUUUCUUUUUUUUUUUUUUUUUUUUUAAAAGUCUGUCCUUUGUGUAUCUGAUAUCAUGUCAUGAGAGUUUUUUCGUUCUUUUAUUAAAUUCUUCUAGAUCUUAUAAUUGCUCAUAUUUAGUCCUUUAAGUCACUAAACUCAAAAUGCAAAACAUAACAGCUUGCUCUAAUAAUAAUAAUAUAACAAUAACAUCAGUGAGCAUUAAUUGCCAAGAACCAAUGUUUUAUUGCUCUGUUGCGUCCUUUCCAUAAUGUUGUCAGACACGUAAAACAAAUCUGAGCCUGUCUGGCAAAAACAAGCACUUUCAGUAGAAGCAACAUCUCAUUUGUUUUGGUUUCAGCCUAUCCCCUCAAUACUGGAACAAUCACAACUCCUGCUACUCAUUAAAGGUGUUAAAAUACAACAAAGACGUACUUUAGAAGCAGAAUUCAAACAAACGUGUUGAGCGUAUUCAGCUGAGGUCUCACAGUGGUGGACGGCUCGAAGACAUUCCUACUUUCCUGAUCUCUUUCGCCCCAUCCCCCCCCGCCCCUCAAAUUCCUCCCUUCUUCACGCUACAUAGAUUAUCCUGCUCAUACCUCAUCACUGCAAGGUUCUUCACAGGCAAGCUUUUGGCUUGUCAGGUGUGUGAGCGGUAAAAAAAGAAAAGAAAAAGCUCUAGCGGUAAAUAGGCAGAUUGUACCGUCUGUGGGAUUCUUUUAUUGAAAAAUAUAUUUUUUAGAGCCUUGGCCUGUAUAAAAACAGUAGAUUUAAUUUUUUUUAAAUGCAACAACUUCAGUGCAUGUAUUUUAAAUUUAGAUCAUGUGAACAUGAUACACAUAUAUAUAUUUAUAUGUGUGUGUCCAUAUGGUUUAUCUUUGUCUCCCUCCUUUUGCUUAGUUUUCCUCCUCCUUUUAUCAUUUGCCCUUUUUUUCCCGUUGUUCUUUUUUCCAUUUUUUUGUUCAGACAUUCCUUGGCCUCCCAGUGGUUAUUUUCCUCAAGAAUCUGAUCUGGCUCCCCAGUGAACAUUUGCAUACAAUUUAUACUUCCUCCCCUCCGUAUUACAGACUUAAACCUCUUCACCCUCUCCUGUUUGGAGCUAGCAUGUUCGAAUCCUAUAAUGUGGUGCGUGAAGAUUGAUGGGUGAUGUUGCUCUUCAGCAGCUGGCUGCACUUCCAGAUCCUCGUCUUGAGGUUUGGUCUUGAGGGAUCUGAGAAACACACUAUUGUUACCAUAUUAAAAUAUAGAAAUAGCUCUGCCCGCUGUGUUUUGUGUCUGAACACCUGUUGACAAUUUAAGCUGGCCAGCGUAGCCCCGUGCAGCGCCUCCGUCUGGCACUAAGCUCCCGUCUCUCAGGUGAUAAAUUAUAAAAUCUCCCUGCAAAAAAGCUCCUGCUGAUUCCUCGCUUGAUAUUCUUCCAGGCGAGCCCGAGAAAGCACGGCAGUUCAUUUCGUCAAGAGAUAUUAUUAUUAAGAUAAAUUGCUGUACCUUUUUUUUAUUUUAUUUUUUAACAAGGAGCACAUGGUUUCAAGUGUGUCAUUGUUUCUGCUUGUUUAUUUGCUCCAUCAUCAUAAUAAUAAUAAUGUGUUCUUACAACACUCUUGACAAAGCAGUCAGAAAUAAUGUUUUUAAUUGCAACGUUUCUAAGCAAAAGCAACAAGCCCACAUUUUGGAUUCUAUGAGAUUUGACAAGAAAAGGAUUACGGACGAAAAAGUGGAGAAAUCCCAAAUUGCAGCGUGAAACCAAUUCCAAGAAGAGGACACUCUGGAGAGUUCAAAUGUGUUUUGAGAACCACAGAGUUCCCAAAACAUGCGAUUAAAGACACUGCAACGCCGAACAACAAAUCCCCUGGAGACCGCGGCUUUUAUCGCCUUCCAGCAUUUUUGUGGGAAUCGCAGAUGCUCUGUGACACCUCCGGUCCUCGACUUUUAUCUCUCACUGGGAGGUAGUCAAAUCAACUUCUAUUUGUGGUAUUUAUUUCCCGAACAUAGGAAACCCAAAGUGCCCAAACAUGGUCGAAGUUGAAUUAAAUCCAAACAACGUGGGCAAUAUUUCCUCUAUGGCUUUUUUAAAAUUUGUUUUAUUUAUGUCUACCCCAUGUUGUGAUUUCCUCCCGCCUGUGUGAGAAGGCUUUGUAAAAGCUGGUGUUGAUCUUGUGAUGACAAAAAAGGAAUAUAGUCACCCUUUUAUUGUUAAAUGGAACCACAUGAGGAGAUAUUUUGUUGUCACGGUUACACACAGCUCUAUUUACCGAAAGACUGAGGGGGGGAGUGUAUGAUUUAUAGAUUUUUGUAAUCGAUGUGCUUGCUCUGCACUACUGCGGUCAAGAUAUACAAUAAGUGUCAUUUGAAAAACAUGGAGGCAAAAAAAUAUAUAUAUAUAUUUGUUGUUGUUGUUGUUGUUAAACCUUAACUACUGGACCACAAAAUGUGUUCUACUUCACUGAAAAGUGGAUUUUCAGUGCGUGCACUCUCCCAAGUUGUAUUGGACCAGCAGAGGCUUCCAGUUGGUCACGCUCCCCUCCGUACACGUCUUAAUACUCCAAUUUAAAGGGUAGGACGGACGGCAGAGACGAGCCCAAGAGCAGCGAACCCAAUCUUACAUCAGAUCUGUGCUGUGGCUAUCGUUUGAUGCUCUUCCCUUCUGUUCGCUCUCUGCAUGGCAUUCUACCGGCGUGAGUGAUCUCAUGGAAUGCACAUGGGAUUCUUCCUCCGAGAACAUUCUGCCCCAACUGCGCACUCGACUGCUCUCCCGCCCAGACGGGAGCCUCCCCCCCCCCGCGUGGGUCCAUUUGAAUGAAAUUGUAUGGAUACCUUCCUUUUUGUUGUUGUUGUUGUUGUUGUUGAAAACGUACAUCGUGGGAUUCGGGAUGUGAUGCGAGCUGCCUUUCGAUGACGCACUGAAGGCGAAGGGGGGAAAAUGCGGACGCCAUCGUUAAUUUGGAUUCUGCACUUUGUGAACCUGGCAGAAGGCCUCGAUGGCACGGGACGUAGUUCCUCCGUGAGCGGACUCUGUCCAGCAGGUUGUGCGACGUGCUCUGCCCCGAAUGGAUGCCUGUCCUGCAUGCCUCGCCUCUUCUUCCACUUGGAGCUGGAUGGGAUGCGGCAGAGGGGCACCUGCGUGUCCUCGUGUCCCCGGGGUCACUACGGCAUGCGCUCGCCGCACAUCAGCACCUGCGCAAGGUGCAAGGAGGACUGUUCUUCCUGUUUCAGUGAACGUUUCUGCACACACUGUCACCCUGGUGACUUCCUGUUCCGGGGGAAAUGCGACAACAGCUGUCCAAAUGGGCUGAUGGCAAACGCAGCGCUACGAGAAUGCACAGAGUGCUCUUUCGGCUGUGAGAUGUGCGUGAGCAGGGCGGUCUGUGAGAGGUGUAGAGCAGACCUCUACGUUCUCCAGGGUCAGUGCCAUCUCACCUGCCCGAGGGGAUUUGAGCCCGACGUGCUGCUCAUGCAAUGCGUCCCCCAAGUGCACUGUGAGGUCGGGGGAUGGACAGCUUGGGGUCCAUGCGUUCACAAAAGGAGGGUCUCCAGGAGGGGACAGGAGACGCGCAACCGACAGGAGACGCGCAACCGACAAGUUCUGCGGUCUCCGAGUGUCUACGGUGACCCCUGCCCUCAAGUGUCGGAAAUCAGGAAGUGUGUCAUCAAAAUGACACCAGAGAAUGUUGUAAUAAGUUAGAGAGCGGAUUAUAGACUAUUUGUUUAUAUUGCAGAGAUAUUCUACUUGUUAUUGCACUUUUUACAUUGGCUGUUUAAACUAUUGUAAAUUGUAAAGAUGUAUUAAUCUAAGAGAUUUUUUUUCUAUGCAGUCCAAAAUAAAAGUAA